CAGAGAACAAAAGUUCGAAAGAGAAGAUCAAGGUGCUACAGUCUAAUAUAAACUCUUUGAACGAGGAGCUUUCAGAGACUAAAGCUCGAGCCAAAAAAUUAGAGACGAAUUUGAGUGAGCAAUCCAAAAUCAUGAAUAUGCUGAAAAUGGCAAAUGAAGCACUGGAACCUGGGAUGCAACAGCUGCAACAUGAUUUUCUCGAUCAGGAUGUUCAGGACCACCACGUGAGGAACUUGGAAUCCAAUAAUAUAGCAACUGAUUAUGAGUUGUUCAAAAAUUUGGAGAACUUGGAAGACUUCACCAAUUAUCCAGAUCCAUUGUGGAGUCAGACCAUAGGUUGUUCGUUUGGCUUGGGGACUAGCAUUGCUGAAACCAAGCUAUCACCAUUGAAUGAGACCGUGAAUGUCGAGGGCUUUAGGGUACUAAAGGAAAAUUCCCCCAUGAUCCAACAGAUAUUCAGAGAGUACCCUAACAUUGCAUCAGGCCUUCGAGUUCACUACCUAGCAUCAAGAAAUGGCUUCAUGAACACAUUGGCUGAGGUUUUCAAAAUGGCAACCAUGGAACGAGAGAAGUGCAACCUGGAGGAUGUCAAGCUUAUGGAGAAUGGUAUCAAGGAUUUGGAGUUUGCUGGUCUAGAUAUUCCAUGGCUUAAGGACUUGGUGGCUGAGAGUCGGGAAAAGGUUGAAGUUAAGGAAGAAAUCAAAAGCACUAAAGCCAAGCUAAAGCUUCUAGAAGAGAGGGAAAGCAAGCUCGAUUCCAAAAGACAAAGGGUCUCUUCACCUUGAUUUGUAUGUUUUGGUACCUUUUAUAUUGCACGGCCUAUUUUUCUUUGCUCUUCUCUUGUCUUUAUAUUCCAAAUAACGGUAUUUGUGUUGGAAGAUUGUAAUAGGGAUUUUUGUUAGGCUAAGUAGGGUGAACAUCAUUACCUCAUUCCGCUACUUUUCUCUUCUCGAGAACAAGAGGCAAAUAACCUUUUUCUUCUAUUGAAUUGUUUAUUGAUUGAGUCCAAAAAGAAAGCCUUGAGAU